UGAGAGGAAGCGAGGAUCACGGUCACUGAUGAUGUUCUCGGGGAGGCCGUGAUGGCGRGCAACAUGGUYGAAGAAGAGUGUGGCGACGUCUUUGGCACUGUGCGAGGUCGUGCAAGGGAUGAAGUGGGCAUGUUUGGUCAAGCGGCAGACAAUGACGUAGAUGCAAUCAUGCCCGCGGUCAGUCUUGAGGAGGCCGCACACGAAGUCCAUGGAGAUGGACUGCCACCGAUCGCGGAGCUUGUUGUAAAUGGUGGCGAAGUCUGGGCAGGACAGAUAGCCUUGGGUGUAUCGAUGAUGAAGCGAUGGAAGGAGCUGAAUAUGGGUCAUGGUGGCGUAGACUUUCUCGGGGGGCUUGUGGUCGGGUCGUCACGAGAGGGCAUCGGCAACGCGGUUGCUUUUGCCGGGGUUGGCUUGCAGUUCAAGGAGCCGCUGACGAAUUACCACGAAAGACCUAUGUUGCUCGUUUUGAAGAACUGCAGCGAGGUUGCGCCACUGUUAGCGUUGGCAGCUGAAAACGGAUCUGUGGUGGGUGCAGAUAACGAGUCGUCAAUUGUGUUCGUACUGCCAACUCAACCCAGCUUUGUCGGCGCGCCUUUGCCGGAUAUCCCUGAAAACCGGCGGAUGAUCCCCCUGCUUGUGCGAUGCCUCUCGGCCAAUGUCACGUAUUUUGCGAGCAGCAGUGAGGUCAACAAAAGAGUUUUCCAGAGCUAUAAGGUCACAGACGAAGGGGUGCCCCUGGCCCUCGAUUUUCGAAACACCAGCCGCACUCACUUGGAUGUGAACAUCUGGUUUAAUGAGACGCUCACCGCUUUUUCUUUUGGGCAAUGGCCGAAAAGACAGCUGCGGCUACCGAGAUCUCUGAACGCAGUUACCAACGCUUUCCUCAGGUGGGCGACGAAUAAAUCGGAAGUGUACGCACCCAUGCUGUACGUGAAAGAUAUGCCCAAGCCAGAAACGAACCUGAACCUGGACAUUUCCUCAGGCAUUGGACCACUCUUCUUCUGCUGGGUUCUCCAUCUCCUGCUCCCAGUCACGGUGUUCAACCUGGUUUAUGAGAAGGAGAAGAAUCUAAGGAUGAUGAUGAAGAUGCAUGGCCUCGGAGAUAACGCCUACUGGGUUAUUUCCUAUGGCUAUUUCUUUGUCAUCAGUAUUCUGUACAAUGGUUUGUUCUUGGCGGCCGCAUCUGCAAUCCGAUUGAACUUCUUUAUACGGAACGAUUACAGUGUCCAGGUGGUAUUCUUCUUCCUCGUAGCGAACAACAUCAUUGCUCUAUCAUUCCUAAUAACUCCGCUCUUCUCCUCUGUCAAAACGGCUAUGGUCGUGUCGUAUCUAUACGUGUUCGGGAUGGGUCUUUUGGGCGAGUUUGUGAUUCGAAACUUUUGGGAGGAUGUCACUCUUACCCCUUGGCUUCUUAGAUGUAUCCAGAUUGUCCCUGCUUGGGCCAUCUAUAGGGGUCUUCUGGAGCUCGGAGCGUACGCGUCAAUCGCUAAGUACGAGGGGUCGCGGGGGCUGUCGUGGGACCGCAUGUCGGAGCCGUACAACGGCAUGGAUGAGGUGAUGUAUACCCUGCUGGUGGAGUGGUUUGUCUUCUUGUUGCUCGCCCUCUACCUCGACAAAGUGGUCGUAACGGGGAGUGGAGUGAAGCGCCAUCCGCUGUUCUUUUUGAAGUAUUUCUGGCGACGCUGGGGCGAUAAAGGGGCCGACGGGAAACGUGUACCUUUGAUGUCGUUGCCGGGCGAUGCACAGCAGGACGUGUUGGAGGAGCGCGCGGCAGUCGAGUUGGCCCUCAAUGACCCCAAGGGCUACUCAAUUGUGUGCGAUCACCUUCGCAAAGUAUAUCCGGGGGUAGAUGGCAAUCCGGAGAAAGUCGCUGUGCGGGAAUUAUCGCUUGCAGUCCGACGGGGCGAGUGUUUUGGGAUGUUGGGCCCGAACGGUGCUGGGAAAACCACCAGCAUCAACAUGAUGAUUGGUUUCUUGAGUCCGUCUUCUGGCAACGCUUUGAUCGAAGGUCUCUCCAUCGAUGACGAUGUCGAUAUGAUCUACUCUUUGAUGGGUGUUUGUCCCCAGCACGAUCUCCUUUGGGAGUCCCUGACCGCAAGGGAGCACCUGUGGUUCUUUGGCCGCCUCAAGAAUCUCAAAGGCCAAGAGCUCAAAGAUGCAGUGGACGCAUCCCUCAAAAACGUCGACCUUCAUCAUGCAACAGUGGCCGACCGGUUCGCAGGCAAAUACAGUGGCGGGAUGAAGAGAAGGCUCAGCGUUGCCAUCUCGUUGAUCGGCGAUCCUCUCGUGGUCUACAUGGAUGAACCGAGCACGGGCCUCGAUCCCGCGUCUCGAAACAACCUCUGGAAAGUCGUGAAGGCCGCAAAGAAGAACAGGGCGAUCAUCCUGACAACGCAUUCCAUGGAGGAGGCCGAGGCUCUGUGCGACCGGAUCGGCAUCGUUGUCGAUGGCGAGUUCCAGUGCAUUGGCGCGCCGAAGGAGUUGACCGCGCGCUAUGGCGGGACGUUCGUCUUCACCAUAUCGACUCCAGUUAGUCAAGAGGCGGAGGUGCAGGACCUCGUCAUCUCUCUCUCGCCAAAUGUCAGGAAAAUUUAUGGAAUCGGAGGCACCCAGAAGUUCGAAAUGCCGGUGGGCGACGUGAAGAUUGCCGACGUGUUUGCCAGAGUGGAGGCCGCCAAAAAGCGGCUGACGAUCCAUGCUUGGGGAAUUGCAAAUACAACACUGGAGGACGUCUUCAUCAGGGUUGCGAAAGAGGCUGGUAAUGUCAUGUGAACUUGACCCGAAUCUGGCUGUAACUCUGGCCAGAUACGUUCAGGGAAGUGCGACUACAAGGGUACGCCUUAG